GCACACCUUUAGUUUAGACGCGGCCCACGGCCUUCUCCUUCGCACAGCUCGCUUGGCCCAGCUCUGCUCCUCCACCGGUCUACCGUCGGCGGCGAAUUCCGGCGGCCAUGGCUUACACGGCUCGAUUACACCUUUCACUGCAUCAUGCUCUUCUUCCUCCGGCAUACCGUCGCUUGGCUCUUCCCGCCGUUUUCCGCCGGCUGAGCUGUUUUUCUUCUACUAGCCAGUUCUUCUCCCACUCGAGUAAGCUCAGACCACCGUCGACUCUUGUUUACGCGCAGGCCAAGCGAGGCUUCUCUGCCAAAGAAGACGAUGCAGCUUUGUCUGCUGAUCUUGAAUUUGAGGCGCCGCUCAAAAUUGUGGAAUAUCCGGACCCAAUACUCAGAGCAAAGAAUAAGCGUAUUGAUUCAUUUGAUGAUAAUCUGAAGAAGCUAGUGCACGAAAUGUUUGAUGUAAUGUAUAAAACUGAUGGUAUUGGGCUCUCAGCACCUCAAGUGGGAGUUAAUGUGCAACUGAUGGUAUUUAAUCCAGUCGGUGAACGAGGUGAAGGGGAGGAAAUUGUUCUAGUAAACCCAAGAGUUUUCAGAUAUUCCAAGAAAACUGUACUCUUCAAUGAAGGUUGUUUGUCAUUCCCGAGGAUAUAUGCUGAUGUAGAGAGACCAGAAUCAGUUAAGAUCGAUGCACGAGACAUCAGCGGUACAAGGUUCAUGGUCAACUUGUCAGGGCUCCCUGCAAGAGUUUUCCAGCAUGAAUUUGACCAUUUGCAGGGAAUUUUGUUCUUUGACAGAAUGACGGAUGAAGUACUCGAUACCAUUCGUGCUCAGCUGCAGGCCCUGGAAAAGAAGUAUGAGGAGAGAACUGGAUUACCAAGUCCUGAAAGAAUAGAGAACUUCAGAACAAAGAAGAAAGUUGCUGCUGGUUAUGGUUUUGGAAAGUCAUGAUCACACAGGUUUCAUUUCAUUACACAUUUUGAAUAUGAAUGCUACUUUACUAACAUUGAUCAACUGUAUGAUAAAAGGAAAAUUUGAAUUUGAUAGUUUGAUGAACUUGGUAGGCUGGA